AUGGUGUCAUACAUCACGGUGUCAAACAUCACGGUGCCAAACAUCACGGUGCCAAACAUCACGGUGCCAAACAUCACGGUGCCAAACAUCACGGUGCCAAACAUCGCGGUGCUAAACAUCACGGUGCCAAACAUCACGGUGCCAAACAUCACGGUGCCAAACAUCACGGUGCAAAACAUCACGGUGCUAAACAUCAUGGUGCUAAACAUCACGGUGUCAAACAUCCCGGUGCCAAACAUCGCGGUGCUAAACAUCAUGGUGCCAAACAUUACGGUGCCAAACAUCACGGUGCCAAACAUCACGGUGCUAAACAUCACGGUGCCAAACAUCGCGGUGCUAAACAUCACGGUGCAAAACAUCGCGGUGCUAAACAUCAUGGUGUCAAACAUCGCGGUGUCAAACAUCACGGUGUCAAACAUCGCGGUGCUAAACAUCACGGUGCCAAACAUCGCGGUGCCAAACAUCGCGGUGCCAAACAUCGCGGUGCCAAACAUCGCGGUGCCAAACAUCGCGGUGCUAAACAUCACGGUGCCAAACAUCACGGUGCUAAACAUCACGGUGCCAAACAUCACGGUGCCAAACAUCACGGUGCUAAACAUCACGGUGCCAAACAUGACGGUGCCAAACAUCACGGUGCCAAACAUGACGGUGCUAAACAUCACGGUGCAAAACAUCACGGUGCUAAACAUCAUGGUGUCAUACAUCACGGUGUCAAACAUCACGGUGCCAAACAUCACGGUGCCAAACAUCGCGGUGCAAAACAUCACGGUGCUAAACAUCACGGUGUCAUACAUCACGGUGCCAAACAUCACGGUGCUAAACAUCACGGUGCCAAACAUCACGGUGCCAAACAUCACGGUGCUAAACAUCACGGUGCAAAACAUCACGGUGCUAAACAUCACGGUGCCAAACAUCACGGUGCCAAACAUCGCGGUGCCAAACAUCACGGUGCCAAACAUCACGGUGCCAAACAUCACGGUGCCAAACAUCACGGUGCUAAACAUCACGGUGCUAAACAUCACGGUGUCAAACAUCACGGUGUCAAACAUCGUGGUGCCAAACAUCACGGUGUCAAACAUCGCGGUGCCAAACAUCGCGGUGUCAAACAUCACGGUGUCAAACAUCACAGUGUCAAACAUCACGGUGUCAAACAUCGCGGUGUCAAACAUCACGGUGCCAAACAUCACGGUGUCAAACAUCGCGGUGUCAAACAUCGCGGUGUCAAACAUCGCGGUGCCAAACAUCACGGUGCCAAACAUCACGGUGCCAAACAUCGCGGUGUCAAACAUCGCGGUGCCAAACAUCGCGGUGCCAAACAUCGCGGUGUCAAACAUCGCGGUGCCAAACAUCGCGGUGCCAAACAUCGCGGUGCCAAACAUCAUGGUGCCAAACAUCGCGGUGCCAAACAUCGCGGUGCCAAACAUCACGGUGCCAAAUAUUACGGUGCCAAACAUCGCAUUGUCAAACAUCGCGGUGUCAAACAUCGCGGUGCCAAACAUCGCGGUGUCAAACAUCGCGGUGCCAAACAUCGCGGUGCCAAACAUCGCGGUGCCAAACAUCAUGGUGCCAAACAUCGCGGUGCCAAACAUCGCGGUGCUAAACAUCGCGGUGCCAAACAUCGCGGUGCCAAACAUCGCGGUGUCAAACAUCGCGGUGCCAAACAUCGCGGUGUCAAACAUCGCGGUGCCAAACAUCAUGGUGCCAAACAUCGCGGUGCCAAACAUCGCGGUGCCAAACAUCGCGGUGCCAAACAUCGCGGUGCCAAACAUCACGGUGUCAAACAUCGCGGUGUCAAACAUCACAUUGUCAAACAUCACGGUGUCAAACAUCACGGUGUCAAACAUCGCGGUGCCAAACAUCACAGUGUCAAACAUUGCGGUGCCAAACAUCGCGGUGUCAAACAUCACGGUGCCAAACAUCACGGUGUCAAACAUCGCGGUGUCAAACAUCACAGUGUCAAACAUCACGGUGUCAAACAUCGCGGUGUCAAACAUCACGGUGUCAAACAUCACAGUGCCAAACAUCACGGUGUCAAACAUCACGGUGUCAAACAUCACGGUGUCAAACAUCGCAGUGCCAAACAUCACGGUGCCAAACAUCACGGUGCCAAACAUCACGGUGCCAAACAUCACGGUGCCAAACAUCACGGUGCCAAACAUCGCGGUGCCAAACAUCGCGGUGUCAAACAUCGCGGUGCCAAACAUCGCGGUGCCAAACAUCGCGGUGCCAAACAUCAUGGUGCCAAACAUCGCGGUGCCAAACAUCGCGGUGCUAAACAUCGCGGUGCCAAACAUCGAGGUGCCAAACAUCGCGGUGCUAAACAUCGCGGUGCCAAACAUCACGGUGUCAAACAUCACGGUGCCAAACAUCGCGGUGUCAAACAUCGCGGUGCCAAACAUCGUGGUGCCAAACAUCGCGGUGCCAAACAUCACGGUGCCAAACAUCGCGGUGUCAAACAUCGCGGUGUCAAACAUCGCGGUGUCAAACAUCACAGUGUCAAACAUCACGGUGUCAAACAUCGCGGUGCCAAACAUCGCGGUGUCAAACAUCACGGUGCCAAACAUCACGGUGUCAAACAUCGCGGUGUCAAACAUCACAGUGUCAAACAUCACGGUGUCAAACAUCACGGUGUCAAACAUCACGGUGCCAAACAUCACGGUGUCAAACAUCGCGGUGCCAAACAUCACAGUGUCAAACAUUGCGGUGCCAAACAUCGCGGUGUCAAACAUCACGGUGCCAAACAUCACGGUGUCAAACAUCGCGGUGUCAAACAUCACAGUGUCAAACAUCACGGUGUCAAACAUCGCGGUGUCAAACAUCACAGUGUCAAACAUCACAGUGCCAAACAUCACGGUGUCAAACAUCACGGUGUCAAACAUCGCAGUGCCAAACAUCACGGUGCCAAACAUCGUGGUGCCAAACAUCGUGGUGCCAAACAUCACGGUGCCAAACAUCACGGUGCCAAACAUCACGGUGUCAAACAUCGCGGUGUCAAACAUCAUGGUGUCAAACAUCACGGUGUCAAACAUCACGGUGCCAAACAUCACGGUGCCAAACAUCACGGUGCUAAACAUCACGGUGCCAAACAACACGGUGCCAAACAUCACGGUGCCAAACAUCACGGUGCCAAACAUCAGUGUCAAACAUCACGGUGUCAAACAUCGCGGUGCCAAACAUCGCGGUGCCAAACAUCGCGGUGUCAAACAUCACGGUGUCAAACAUCGCGGUGUCAAACAUCACAGUGUCAAACAUCACGGUGUCAAACAUCGCGGUGUCAAACAUCACGGUGCCAAACAUCACGGUGCUAAACAUCACGGUGCCAAACAACACGGUGCCAAACAUCACGGUGUCAAACAUCACGGUGCCAAACAUCGUGGUGCCAAACAUCACGGUGCCAAACAUGACGGUGCCAAACAUCGCGGUGCCAAACAUCGUGGUGCCAAACAUCGUGGUGCCAAACAUGACGGUGCCAAACAUCGCGGUGCCAAACAUCGUGGUGCCAAACAUGACGGUGCCAAACAUCGCGGUGCUAAACAUCACGGUGCCAAACAUCACGGUGCCAAACAUCACGGUGCCAAACAUCACGGUGCCAAACAUCGCGGUGCCAAACAUCGUGGUGCCAAACAUGACGGUGCCAAACAUCGCGGUGCUAAACAUCACGGUGCCAAACAUCACGGUGCCAAACAUCACGGUGCCAAACAUCGCAGUGCCAAACAUGACGGUGCCAAACAUCACGGUGCUAAACAUCGCAGUGCCAAACAUCUCACCUGCCAGCGAUGCCAUCAUGGUUGGUGGCGUGUGUGGCAUGAGUGCCACGGCAGGCAGUUGUCCUGCAAUAUUUCUGCAAUUGUGCCAUCAGCUGCGGGCGGCGGCACUGUGCCAUCGAGCGUGAACCAGUAUAGAAGCGAAGAGGAAAUAGGUUGUGGCAGUAACUCCCAGGCAACGUGA